UCGCGCAUCCCCGAGGGGAGGCCAAGACCAUCAGUCCAAUCUGGGGCCAUGCUCAAUUCUUCGGAGAAGAACUCGGCCUCGGCCGCGCAUCCUCUGGCGGAGGCCAGAAGGGGGGCCCGCCGAGCUGGAACAGAAAACUUUCACCAACAUCAAGGAGGGCCAGCGGUGGAAGGAAAGAUGAUGUCCUAUUUUGCUAAAGAAGUUCAACUUACGAAAAAACAUGAAGAAAUACUAGCCCAGAGAUUACUGUUACUUCAAGAAAUGGAGAAUGAUCACAGUAAUCAGAAGACUGAAAAAAAGACAUCUCACGUAAAAGCAGCGCAGCUGGCCCAGAAAAGGAAUCAGAGCCUUUUGCAGGAUAUCAGAGCACUAGAAAAGAGGUUUGAAAAAGAGGCGCACGGACGGCCACCUCCCGAGCUGACCAACCUCCAGAUUCUUUACUGGGCAUCGGUAGAAAAACAGGCCCCCAAGUGGGAGCAGGCUCUCCUAGGAAGAGCCCGCCGUCCAGCUGGUGUUAGAAGUUGGAACCAGGCAGGAAAUGACCUCCAGAAAACCCCAGAGUGAAGACCACCAUGAAGAUGCCCUUUCUCCCGGGCCCCCAGGGCAGCACACCUGCCCAGAGAGCAGAACGUCCUGCACGUUGUCUCCAUCCAAAGGAGGCUGCUCCUACAAGGGAAUGUGUUCCUGAUCCAUUGGACAAUUGGGAGAAUUUUAAGAUUUACUGGAAAUGUUGUCAAAUCAGGAUUGAAAGGCGUAACCGCCUUUUUUAAGAAUGAUGAGAAUUGGUUUUACUCGUACUCUGUUAUUUCCUCAAAACUUUUAGGAGUGUCAGAGAACAUUUUGAAAGAUGACCUGAUUGAAAUAAAUGGUUAAAUGUG